GCCCUCUCCUUUCCCCUCUAGGGCUGCCAUCCAACGCAGCUGAUUUUGGUUGCACCACACUUGCCUUUUCCACGGAAUCAUUUUACGAGACCAGAGCCAAGACAAUCGUCAACCGGUAUCCGUUAGAGGAAACAGCCAAGACGCUUGACAGCGUCCAUCACACUGCGGCCUGGUGAUGGCUUCGUACGAUCACUAUGACGCCCCCCUCCGGGAGCGCACAACCAGGCAUUACUAUCGAGAGGAGCGGCGUGAUGACCCUCGAUAUUACGAGUCGCGCGAGACGCUCCAUGUCCAGCCGUCGCGCGAUCUCGUAGCCAGAGCCCGUGAGGAUAGCGACCUUUCAGUCGAGGAGAUUCGCCGUGACUUCCCGCCUCCCGGCUACUCUUCCAGAGACCUGCGCUGCGCCAGGUCAGCUGAGCCCGGAUACUACGACGAAUAUGACGAUCGCCGCUCCUACUACGGCCGGGAUCGGGCCUAUCAAGAUGACUACGACCGCAAGUCCCGUAAGAAAACGGAGUCCUAUUACGAGGAGGAGCGGAAGAAGGCCCGCAUGCUCUCUAAGCAGGAGCAGAUUAUCGCCGCUGUGACUGGCGCUGCCCUGGCCAUUGGCGGCAAGGAGCUCUACGAUCGCCGCGAGGCUAGCCAGCAUGGCACCGAGGUUCGCCGCAACAUCUUGGCCUCGGCCGCCCUCGGCGCUGCUGGCGCCCUUGCCGGCUACCAGGGAACCGAGCUGUACAACAAGCACAAGGAAAAAGAGGAGAGAAAAGCCAUGGCUCACCGGUACGGCUACUACUCAGAUGACGACGAGAGCGUGAAGGAGAAGAAGGGCCACAAGAACUUUCUAGAGAGUGCUCUUGCUGCCGCCGGCUUGGGUGGCGCCGUCAAGGCCCUGACAGGCGGCAAAGACGACAGGUCGGAGACCAGAAGCCGCCGCGGCAGCCGAUCCCGAUCCCGAUCCCGAUCCCGCUCCCGCUCCCGCUCCCGCUCUAGCUCUCGAUCCCGAGCCCGGGACAAGGACAAGGAUAGUAAGAAUGAUGCGGCCGGCAAGAUCCAGAAGGCCGCCAUGGCCUCGCUUAUCGCUGGCGCUACCGAGGCAUUCCGAAUCUCCAAGCAGCCGGGCUCUUGGAAGGGUGAGAAGGCUAAGCGCAUUCUUACCGCCGCAGCCGGCGCCGCUACCCUUGACGCGGCCCAGAAUCCGGACAAGGCCGGAAGUAAACUAGGCCUAGCCGAGGCUGUCGUUGGUGGCCUCCUCGGCAACCGCGUCAUCAACGGCUCCAAGAAGAAUAUCGAGAUGGACGAGAGGACUGGCCGCUCCCGGUCUCGUUCUCGCGCGCCCUCCAAGGACGGCGGCGGCGGCGGCGUGAGCGGGCUUGCCGCUCUAGCAACGGCAGGUCUGGGAGCGAUUGGUGCGAAGAAGAUUAUGGAUAGCCACGAGCGCUCCAGGUCGCGGCGCCGAAGUGUAGACUCACGCGACAGCCGUGACGACUCGCCCGACCGCCGCCGCCGCAGCCGGAGCCGGAGCAUUGUGGAUUCCACCCGCCGGCGCCUGGCCAAGGUCGGCAUUGGCAACGGCCCCGAUGAUGAUGACCGGGAUCGCCGCGACCGCAGCCGCGACCGCAGCCGUGAUCGCAGCCGUGAUCGCAGCCGUGAUCGCAGCCGUGAUCGCAGCCGUGAUCGGAGGCGCGAUUAUGACGACUACGAUGACUCGCCCGGCCGCUCUCGCCGAUAUCGUGACGAUUAUGACGACUACGACAGGGACCGGCGCAGGUACGACUACGACAAUGGCCGCUCGCACCGUGGCGGGGGACGGGACCGUUCCCGUCACAGACGCGGUUCGGUCUCGUCGGACGAUUUGGGCGAUUCGGAGGAUGAUAGAAAAAAGAGCAAGAAACUGAAAGGUAAGCAAAUCAUCACCACAGCUCUAGCCGCCGUGGCGACCAUCCACGCGACCCACAGUGUCUACCAGAGUAUGGAGAAGCGCCACCUGCGGCAAAAGGCGUUAGCGGAAGGCAAGAUCAGCGAGGAGCAGGCCGCCAAGCUUAAGCACAAGGCUAUCCUUCAGGAUGCCGCCGCCGUUGGCAUCGCCGCGCUGGGGAUCAAGGGUGCCAUAUCGGAUGUUAAGGAAGCCAACGAUUUGAGGCACGAGAUGCGGCAGUGGAAAUUGGAGAAGGAGAAGAGGCACAGGAGACGACUCGAGAGACAGAGGCAGUUGGCGAACGGUGGUACCGAUCAGCUCAGCCGACGCAGGGCUGACAGUUGGGAUUCGGCAGCUCCACCAAAGGCCGACCGCUACGAUGAGGGGCCACGCUACGUCGAUGGCAACCCAUAUGGCGCUAUACUUCCUCCCAGCCCGUCCGAUAGGAGGUAGAGAGGGCGAUCGCCGCCGCUAUUGAAGGAUGAUGAUGGCUUGAGACAUUGCCUCGCCACAUGGGGCUUGCAGAGAGGACGAACCGAGGGGCGU